UCUGGAACUGCUGACACCUCUCUUCAUGGGGCAGACAGGCGAGUUAAAGUUACCUUACAAAGAGCAGAGGACUCCCAGCUGGCAGGCUCAGUGCCAGGGCCCUCACCUCACAGAGUCCCGCCCAGUCUGGGGGAGUUUGCCCAGGAGUCUGGUGGAGUUGGGUCUCGAACCCAGGUCUGCACGUAAAAAAAUAAGGGAAGUGGAUCAUUCCCAGAGGGGUCCCAAUAACCUAUCUGCUCCUGUGCCUCUGUGUCUUGGUCUUCCAGUGCCCGUGGCAUGGUGUGGUGGCAGCUGCUGCCCCUGCCCCCCCCACCCCCGCAGCUGUCCCCUCUCCAUAGCAGCCCUGGGGCAGAGGUGGCCUCUGCCUGCAAAGGCCAUCAGACCACCCAGCUGCAUUGCUCCUCAACACCAGACGCAGCCACGGCCAGGAGGGAGGCGCUGCAGCUGGGCAGCCACCCUGGUUGCCAGGCUAACGCUGCCUUCACACUGGUCUCCCAUCUCUUGCCUUAAUGCGGUGUGGCCCCACACCCCAGGGAGCUCUGGCUCCACACCCAGCAGUACUACGUGUGAUUGCCAUGGGGUUGGGGUGGACUCCAGAGGGGUCUGGGUGAAACUGUGGGGAGGACAGAGGUAUCAUGGGAAACGGGAAGUGGAGCUCUCAGGGUGGCUGAAAGUGAGGCCCGGUGUGCAAGCUGUCAGGGAGCUCGAACUCCGUAGACAGUGGUCACAGCACCGCUGUCUGUCAUGCAACGUGUGGAGACACUCUGUCCUUGGGCUUGGAGGAUGGCUUCUCAGGGUGAGCCACAAGUUAGGGGGCAACUGUCUGGAAGAGCGACAGGAAAGCUGCCUGCCCCUGAGAUGGUGCCGUCUUCCUGGAGAGGGUUGGGGGGGCGGGAUGCAACCCACACUGUCCUGUGCAAUGAAGAAAUCAUGAAAACGGGCCCGAGGAAUGGCCCCGUUAGGAACUGCUGCCUACAGAACGUGGUGCCCGUGACCCCUGUCCACAGCCGCAGUGGACAGUUGGCUUGGUUCUCUCCAGCCACAUGGGGACAAAAAGAAUCAUUUGCAUUGCAGAGAUUUUAUACAUAUAUUUUGUUUGUAAUGAGCCUUUCUCAAUAAAUGUUAUUCUUCUGCAAAA